AUGAGUCCUGCCGUUUACGCCUCUGACAGAUCUCGCAAUCAAUCUCUGCCCCACCAGACUACUCCAUCGAAGAAGCGAUUGUCGGACGGAACGAUCAAGCCAACCACCAUUCGACUCCACUCCAUUUCCGCUCGGCCUCCCCAAGCACCCUCCGCCCCUCCAACCCAGCAUCCCACCCUCCCUCCCACAACUCCGCAAGAUCCUCCCAAAAAGCGGCGAGGACGACCACCGAAAGUGAAACCAGCCGGGAGUGCUGACGUGACGCCGAAAGCUGCGCAACCCUCGAUCGUCUCCAAGCCAGUCACCGAAAUCCGACCACGUUCGUCCAUUCCAUAUAGACUGCCUGCCAACGUCUUUGCCGGACAAUGUAUCGACGCCGCUUACGCAGCCCGGCUGAAUCCAUACGCACUGCAUCCCAGUGAGCAUGCCCUGCUGCUGCACCUGCUGAUGAAGCAGGAAAUCACCGUCUACCUCAACAUCCGCAACGCCAUCCUGCGCUUGUGGCACCAAAACCCGCUGUGCAGCAUCACGGCAGAGGAAGCCGCUGGCUGUGCGAAAGAAGCUCGCUUUUUCGGCCUGGCCGACGUCGCAUACAAAUGGCUCGUCCGACAUGGUUACAUCAACUUUGGCUGCGUUCGAGUCCCACGCGCGGCAACAGUCAACCCCCGAGCGAGAAGGAAUACCCGUCCCAAAACGGUGGUGGUGAUUGGAGCGGGCGUGUCCGGUCUGACGACGGCACGCCAACUUGAAGGGCUGUUCAUACAAGAGUCUACCAAGUGGACCGAUGCAGGCGAGCAGCCUCCAAGAGUCAUUGUGCUGGAAGGAAGGAGUCGGAUCGGCGGGAGAGUGUACUCCAAGCCACUUCGAGACCAAACGUCGAUAUCGCUGCCCGACAAUUUAAGGUGCACGGCGGAGAUGGGAGCGAUGAUCGUCACAGGAUUCGAGCACGGCAACCCUCUCGACCCCGUUAUUCGCGGCCAGCUGGGUCUGCGGUAUCACUUGAUGAAAGAUGCGCUUACAAUUUACGACGUGGACGGCAAGCCGAUUGAUGAGAAAAGAGACAUGUUGAACACCGAUCUAUACACCGACAUCUCCGAUCGUGCCGGUGACUUUCGGGCCACGCCGCAAGCCGUCGAGACGCUGAAGGGAGACGAAGACCUGAUCAAUCGAUGUCGCGACCCUGCACCCGACGGCCUGGAGCAUUUCCAGCUGGAGCCUCUCGACGCAGUUGGCAAUAUAAGGCAGCAAAAGCCGGCGACGAGGCGAGGCAGACGACGAAACGCGCCGCCAGGGACAGAGAAGCUGACGGGUAGGACGCAAGUUGUAGAAGGGAGUAGUGCGACACAGUCAGCAGCAAGAGCAGCGCGAUCGAUGGGAUGGGAGCUCAAAGAGGGUGUUGCCAAGAACCAGUCCGUCUCCCUUCGGGGCAUCGCAUCGGCGUCGGCCCAUCCAUCACUGGGGUCGGUCAUGGACGACGCAAUCCGGCAGUAUCAAGACCUGGUCCAACUCACUCCCCAAGACAUGCGGCUUCUCAACUGGCAUCACGCCAACCUGGAAUACGCAAACGCCGCUCCCAUCACCUCCCUCAGCUUGAGCGGUCACGAUCAGGACACUGGUAACGAAUUCGAAGGCGCCCACUCCGAGAUCAUCGGCGGAUAUAACCAGCUGCCUCGCGGACUCAUGAACUUGCCGUCCAAGCUCGACGUCCGCGUUGACCGCGUCAUUGACAGCAUUCACUACAACCAGGAUGCCUUUAGCGAGAGCGAUUACUCUACCAAAGUCGUCUGUACUGAUGGGGAGGUGAUUGAAGCGGACGAGGUCGUCCUCACGGUGCCUUUGGGUGUGUUGAAGUCGGAUAUGAUUGACUUUGACCCUCCGUUGCCGGCUUGGAAGCGAGGUGCGAUUGACCGGAUGGGAUUUGGCUUGCUGAAUAAGGUUGUCCUCCUCUACGACGAAGCAUUCUGGGACGAUGAACGUGACAUGUUUGGCCUACUGAAUGAAGCCAACGAUGCUGGCAGCCUCGAUCCGAAAGACUACGAGAAGAGAAGGGGGCAGUUCUAUCUGAUAUGGAAUGCAUCCAAGACAUCCGGCAAACCGAUGCUCGUGGCGCUGAUGGCGGGUCACGCGGCGCAUGAGACGGAGAAGACCGACACCGGGCAGCUGCUUGCGGAGAUUACGAAGCGGCUUCACAGCAUCUACCCCACGGAGAAAGCGCUUAAUCCGCGGGAGGUGAUUGUGACGAGAUGGAGGCGGGACCCAUUCAGCCGCGGCACGUAUUCGUACGUUGCGCCCGAGACUCUGCCGGGGGAUUACGAUCUUAUGGCGCAGUCGGUGGGUAAUCUUCAUUUCGCCGGCGAAGCUACAUGUGGUACGCAUCCGGCGACGGUCCAUGGGGCCUUCUUGUCGGGACUGAGGGUUGCGGCGGAGGUGGUGGAUGCCAUGGCCGGGCCGAUCAUUCUGCCUACACCACUUGUUGGUCCGGCGCCGGUGAAGCAGGAGAUCGGUCCGCCCAAGCAAAGCGUAUGUGCAGGCGAUUCCAGCUUUUGGGUGCAACCGACGUCGGCAGUGCAAGAUACGAAUCCAGAAGCGACCAUCAUGGCAGCCAUCUUUGCUGAACUCGGCGAGCGGCCCGUCAAGCCUAGCAGGCCUGGCGUCAAUCCUUUUCUCCUCUACGCCAAGGACAAAUGGGAGGAAUGCAAGGCUUAUCUGGCGCAGACUAAACCGGCCAAGGCAAAACCAUCGGCGGGUGGCAGGGAGGACGUGCGUGCUACUCUGGGACGGUGGUGGAAGGGACUGAGUGAGGAUGAGAAGGGGCCGUAUCUGGUGCAGAGUCAGGUUGCGCAGGAGCUGGCGGAUCAUGGACGACGGGAGUGGGGAGAAAAGGUGGCGAAGUGGGAUGCGGAGGCUGCGAGGAUUCGGGAGGAGUACAGACGAGGCCUGUCUACUGCAGCAGUGAUGCCUCCCGCGGAGCCGACGCAGCUGGAGGCGGGGCUUGGGGUGAGCAAGCGAAAGACGAAUGUGAGCAACUGUGUGGUGUUGGAUCAUGUAUAG